ACAAGCAGAAGAAGAAAAAGAACAACGUUGUGUUUGUUGAAACACGUGUCUUGGUUGAUACUGAUUAGAGUUAGGGUAACUGCAGUAUGGGAAAGGUUUCGAUGAAAAAGAGGAGUAUGAAGGGUCGGAAGAAGGGUCCACGUAUUACGGACGAAAGUACAGACAAGGGGCUGCCUAAUGCCGGUGAAACGAUCACGGACGAUGAGAACGAAGGCAGCGACGAUGAACGACGACGCCAAAAGCUGCUGGAAUCUAUCAGCUCUCUCGGCGGCAAGAGGAAGAAAAAACUGUUUGAGCGAUCCGAGGCGAGCGCCCAAAUGUCCGAAUUUACGGUCAUUGCGGAGGGAGAGGGCGUCAAAAUUAACAUGUCGGAUUUGGUCAAGUCAUUAGACAAAGUCCCUAAUGUCUCAGUGAAGGCCAAGAAGCAGUUGAAGAACCUACAGCAAAGCCGGAAAGCCAUUAAAUGUCCUCUGAGCAGGGAGGAAAGUGAGAGGAUCCAGAGAGAUGUGGCGUUCCAGAAAGCUGCAACAGAGGUCAGCAACUGGCAAAGUGUUAUUCAACAGAACCAGAAGUCAGAGCAACUCAUCUUUCCUUUGAAUCAAGAGCCCUCUGGCCCUAAACCCCUGGAGAGAUUAGUCACCGGCUGGAAGGCCAAAACUCCACUAGAACAGGAAAUAUUUGCUCUCCUGUCUGCCAACAAGCAACCCAUCAAUGAUCCCAGUUUGACCCCCUAUGAGGAGGCUUCAGUGACAGCGAUGAGUCUGUUGGAGGCCAAGAUGCGGCGCGCUGAGCUGCAAAAGGCCAGGGCUUUGCAGUCCUACUAUGAGGCCAAGGCACGGAGAGAGAGGAAGAUCAAGAGCAAGAAACAUCACAAAGUGCUCAAAAAAGCAAAGCGCAAAGAUUUUCUCAACCAGUUUGAUGAGCUGGUGAAAAAAGACCCCGCUGCUGCUUUGGAGCAAAUUGACAAAAUUGAGCUUGCCAGAAUGCAGGAAAGGAUGUCAUUAAAACAUCAAAACAGUGGAAAGUGGGCCAUGUCAAAGGCCAUAAUGGGGAAAUACGACAAGGGAGCUCGCGCAGCCAUGCAACAGCAGUUGGAAAUCAACAAAGAUCUGACGCAAAAGCAAGUGGCAUCCUUUAAUGACGAAGAAGAGAAAGCAGAAGAUGCUGAAAUUGUGCCUGAUUUUGCCAAUGAGGCAGUGCAAGGAGCAGAUCCUUCAAAUCCCUGGAUGAGAGGAAAGCUCUUUGAAGAUCCUGCAGAGAAAGAGAUGCAAGAUGUUCAGGCAGAGGUGACUGGAGCUGCAGUCAAUGCCGAGGAAGAAGAGGAAAGUGAGGUGGAGGAAACUGAAGAAGAAUCACUGCUGCGAGAAUUUGAGAAGCGUCGAAAGAUACGCCAGGCGCAUGAAGCUGUUGAGGUUGGAUUUGCGGAUGCAGGAGCUGGAGAAGCAGGUGCUCUUGAAAUAGAGGAUGAGCAGCAGUUAGAGUUCACUCAACUCUACACAGAAAAAGUGCACGUCUGUCAGGAGGCUGAAGCUGAUGGCAGCCACACAGACACGUCUGCUCAGCUGCAGGAAGGACUUCUGCGUAUCCAGACAUUUGAGGACAUGGAGCUCCUCAGUCAAGUGGAGUUGGUUGCUGAUAAAGCACCUGAUGAGCCCCAGAAGUCCUCAGCAGCACCUGACCCGCUUUCUGACACGGACAAAGCACAGAAAACCCCGAAACGGAAAAGGGGGAUCCAACUGAAAGAAGUUAUGACAAAAGAGACGCACGUCCUUCAGAUGCCUCUCGCUCCGACCGCCGCAUCCGCCGAAGACUCGGAGGAAAAGCGUGGUCAGAUGGGGCUCAUUAAAGAGGCUUUUGCUGGAGAUGAUGUCAUCUCAGACUUCCUUAAGGAGAAGAAGAAGCAGGAGGAUGCGGGAAAGCCAAAGGUGGUAAAUUUGGCACUGCCUGGAUGGGGGGAGUGGGGUGGGAUGGGCCUGAAACCAUCCCGCAGCAAGCGCAGGAAAUUCACAUUGAAAACCACGCCACCUCCUCCCAGGAAAGAUCACAACCAACCUAGUGUCAUCAUCUCAGAGAAGAGAAAUAGCGCCAUCAGCCUUCACCAGGUGAAUUCUCAGCCAUUUCCUUUCAAUAGUCUUGCGCAGUUUGAAAGCACCCUGUGCUCUCCUCUGGGCCGCACUUGGAACACCGAGCGGACUGUCAAGAGUCUCACCAAGCCCAGGGUCAUCACCCGCCUUGGCUCCUUUAUUGAGCCCAUGGCUAAGGAGGACUUGAUGAAAGUCAAUAAGGGUAGCCAGAAAUUUGUCUUGAAAAAGUAACAACUAGUGUGAUGAUAGUACAGGUAAAUACAAUGAAAUGUACAGCAGCAACAUGUUACUGUAAUACGAUGACAAGGUACAAUGAUCCUGUGAAGACAGUGUUUAUUUGUGCAUGUACCAGCGCAACUGAUUUAGAACGUUUGAAUUUCUACUUCAAAUCCAUCUUCAAAUUAUCAUUCAGCAUAAACCUUUCAGGAAGUACAAUUGUAUGUUUAAAUAUGUCCUUUCAUAAUGCAUGGCAUAUUUUAUACAGAUUCAUAUUUUUUGCCCCCCUAAUGUGUUUUUUCAAGGAGGAAUCCUAUAAACAAUUUGAGUACAAAGCAAUUGCAUUUAUAUCAAGAUACUAUACUGUGGGUUAUGAAUAAAUCUUAAACAGUUA